GAUUCGUUUUCAAUUCGGUUGGAUGGGUCAGAAAAAAAAAACUCGGGUGUGACUUCGAAAUCGGAAAUUUCUCAGCAUUUUCUUUUGUUCGAAAAUUCUCGGAAUGCAACGAAUGCGAUUUUUCAAGUGGGCCCAAUUCGGACAAAACACAUGAAGUAG